AAAAGUAGAGCAAAGUAUUAAGUAAGUUUAAUGGAAUCAAAGUACAUUUUUACUUUGAACAUGGAUCUGAUAAGGGAGUGUGAGACAGACCUCUAACUACAGCCAUCAUCAUCUGCUGCUGCUUGUGGAAACAAUGUCUGCCGAAGCCAUCAGGACGUAUUGACCAGGAGCCUGACGAAGCUGUUUGAUUUUCAGAUGGUGUCAGUUCCAGCUUCCUGGAAGGACUUGUGAGCCAUCUGUGAGCGGGGCAUCUCAGGGGACACAGACAGGGAUGCUGCAGAGAUGGUGAACACAUGUUAUGGCGGAGCACAGCUCGUCCUGACCACUGAGAGCAGCCUGUACUAAUGGAGCACCUCCAGGGAGCGUGGAAGACUCGGAGCAAUGGCUUCGGAACCAAGGACUCGGGGCUGGAGGGCCCGUGCCUCUCGCCCACCGUGGUCCAGAACUUUCCCUGUCAGCGUCGCUCCUCGGAUGACGGGAAGAUGCCCGACUCCAAGACGAGCAGCACCAUCCGCGUGUUCCUGCCCAACCACCAGCGCACCGUGGUAAACGUGCGAGCAGGUAUGACUCUACACAACUGUUUAAUCAAAGCGCUGAAGGUUCGCGGGCUGCAGCCUCAGUGCUGUGCGGUCUUCAAGCUGUAUCCUGGACAGAGCAGCAAAAAGUCUCGAAUGGACUGGAACACAGACUCCACCACGCUGAUUGGAGAGGAGCUGCUGGUGGAGGUUUUAGAUCACGUCCCACUCACCACACACAACUUUGUUCGGAAAACGUAUCUGAAGCUGGCGUUUUGCGACAUUUGCCAGAAGUUUCUUCUGAACGGUUUCCGUUGCCAACGUUGCGGCUACAAAUUCCAUGAGCACUGCAGCACCAAAGUGCCCACGAUGUGUGUGGACUGGAGCAACAUCAGGCAGCUCCUACUGUUCCCACUGCCGGGUGACGGCAGCGGCCCGUCGCUGCCACCGCUCACAUCCAGGCGAAUGAGAGAGUCCUUGACGCGCUUUCCGAGCUCAGCCCACCGCUACUCCACACCUCAUGCCUUCAACUACUCCACGGCCUGCACGCCCACGGGUGGGGGUCUGUCCCAGAGGCAGCGCUCCACCUCCACGCCCAACGUGCACAUGGUCAGCACCACGCUGCCUGUCGACAGCAGCGUGAUCGAGCUAGAUUGCCUGAAUACCUCCCCCAGUUCUUGGUGUCAUAGAUUCUGGCUGAAGAGGAAAGUAGGUAUUGUGCACUUCUCCCAGUCUUUUGUUGAGGCCUCACCUGAGAGUCCAGACAAGGAUGUGAUGCGCAAUCACGAUUCUGGGGUGAGUUCCCCCAACCAGAGCCCCACCGGCUGGUCCCAGUCUCAGCCUAAAGCUCCUGCACCGGCCCAGCGAGAGAGAGCUCCAUCCUUCAACACGCAGGAGAAAAACAAAAUCAGGCCUCGGGACAAGAGGGACUCCAGUUACUACUGGGAGAUCGAGGCCAGCGAGGUGUAUCUGCACUCGCGCAUCGGCUCCGGCUCCUUUGGAACUGUGUACAAAGGGAAAUGGCACGGUGAUGUAGCUGUGAAGAUUUUGAAGGUGACUGACCCCACACCUGAGCAGUUCCAGGCGUUCAGAAAUGAGGUGGCUGUUCUGAGGAAAACACGACAUGUCAACAUCCUGUUGUUCAUGGGAUACAUGACAAAGGACAACCUGGCCAUUGUGACCCAGUGGUGCGAGGGCAGCAGCCUCUACAAACACAUUCAUGUCCUGGAGACGAACUUUAAGAUGAUCCAGCUCAUAGACAUCGCCAGACAGACGGCUCAGGGCAUGGACUAUCUGCAUGCAAAGAACAUCAUUCAUCGUGAUAUGAAGUCCAACAACAUCUUCCUGCAUGAAGGGCUGACGGUGAAAAUUGGGGAUUUUGGUCUUGCAACAGUUAAGGCCAGGUGGAGCGGCUCCCACCAAGUGGAGCAGCCGUCUGGGUCCAUUCUCUGGAUGGCUCCUGAGGUCAUCCGGAUGCAGGAUAACAAUCCCUACAGCUUCCAGUCUGAUGUCUAUUCCUAUGGAAUAGUUCUUUUUGAACUCAUGACGGGAGAGCUCCCAUACUCCCAGAUAGCCAACAGAGAUCAGAUUAUUUUUAUGGUGGGACGAGGCUGUUUGUCCCCAGAUCUUAGCAAACUUUAUAAGAACUGCCCUAAAGCCAUGAAAAGGUUGGUGGUUGACUGCAUCAAAAAGUCCAAAGAUGACAGGCCCCUUUUCCCACAGAUCUUGUCCUCCAUCGAACUCCUCCAACAUGCGCUACCUAAGAUAAACCGCAGUGCCUCAGAGCCGUCCCUGCACAGAGCCUCCCACACUGAGGACAUCAACACCUGCACUCUCACCUCUACCAGACUGCCUGUUUUCUAGAGGCCUGACCAGCUCUGCCCCUCCUCUCAAAAUAAUGCUAGCCUUGUACACACAAACCUGUGCUACUGCAUCAUUAUGCAACUAAAGGGGAGCAGCAUCUGACUGGAAGGAAGAAGGUGGUGGAUGCAGUGGGACCUACACACGAAGGCAGCGCCUCGUCUCACUGCACACGUUAAUAUGCAGCACACUCUGUAAAUACGGGCCCUGAUGUGGCGGAUGGGCCUUGAAGGAAGCUCAAAGCUGCCCCCCUAUUUCUCCUGCCCACUCUUUGAAGAAGGGGACCUGCCUUAGGAGGAGUCAUGGCCUGACUAAGGUCCCACACUUAUUAUCACACAUGUUGGAUGUAGUCCAUGUAGUUGCACAGUAGCUAUUGAUUUUGCAUUGUCUUAAGUGAGGAUGGAGCAGAUCUGGGGAAUUGUCUGUUUUGUUGCUGGUGUCUUUCAUGCCUAUAUUUGUAGAGUCUUUUUAAAGAAACUGUAGCGUUUCAGUUUGCAGAGCAUGAGCAAAGGCGGAAAUGUUUGAAUUUGCACAUUUUAGCAAAAGCAGUGAUGUUUAACUGUGGACACCGUGGUUUCACAGCUCUGAUCUCAGAUCUGCAGAUACAUCAUUAUCAGUCUUUACUGAGGAAAGUUAUCAUGAGCUGGACGUUCGGCAGUUGUCUUAAAUAUUUAACAGGACGAUGAAAACUAAUUUGUAUGUGUUCAUUGGGUUUCUUUCCUGAGGUUAAAUGUUUUAUUGUGAGCUUGAGAAAGUUGUCCAUUUGAUAUUUUAAUAAAGUUAAGUUAAAUUUGA